AUGUCGCAGACCCUGUCUGCCGUGCACCGAGGUAUAGCUGAGAUCCGCGUUCUACAUCUAGGCAAAGGCAUAUUCACACACCAGCGCCGACUCGACUCCCACAAAGGUCCAGAAAGCGUCGGGAUCAACGUGUCGACGUAUAAACGGCGGGCGAAGAGUACCGAGCUCAACGGCAGGAAUAAGACGACGGCCACCUCCACAGCGAUGACACUAGUGACUACGUGUAUCGCAUUCGAACGCAUGGAACAUACGCACCUUGCAUCGACGAUGGCGAACCUGUGGAAAACAUCUUGGCGACUAUACCAGCAGUACGGGAAAGAGUUGUUGGACCUUGCAGUGCACGCGGGACACUGGACAGACCAACAGCGUAGAGGACACGGAAGCGACGAUGGUCGACGAAGGUCCAAGGGGACGAGGAGUCAGCCAGGACGAACGAGGGCCGGUCUUCAGCUCGAGACCUGGGGUCGAGUAAACAUCCGCACGCGCGCCGAGGAGGCCAUUUCUCGAGGCAUAAGUAACUGGGACACCCAAGCCGAGGAACCCCUGGAAGCGAACUUGUCGAUUACACGGUGA